CGGCGGCGGAGCGGUAUGCGAUCGUCCCGUAGUGCGGAGACGUGUUGAAGGGCGUCGGAAGAGUCUGGAAACAGCGAACGGGAGCAGAGAGCCGGAGCUGCACCGUGAGCCACAUCGGUGAGUCGCAGCGGAGAGCUCCUGAAGGUGUUGCGGUUCCCGGGCUGAGAUGUGCGCGGCAGGGAGGCGCUGGGGCCGGCGGCAGCGAGCUCUGCUCUGGGCCAUCCUGCUGGCGGCGUGGGAGGCGGCGUGGGGGCAGCUGCGCUACUCGGUGCCCGAGGAGAUGCCCAAGGGCUCGUUCGUGGGCGACGUGGCCAAAGACCUGGGGCUGCAGCUGCCAGAGAAGCGCGAUAAUGCCGCCCGCGUUGUUUCCAAGGGUAGGACACAGUAUUUCUCUCUGCACGAGAAGACGGGACAUUUAGUGACGGCGCAGAGGAUCGACAGAGAGCAACUGUGCGAGCGUGUGCAGCAAUGCGUGCUGCGCUGUGAGCUGAUAGUGGAGGGAGAAAUGAAGUUUUAUGAAAUCGAAGUGGAAAUCACGGACAUUAACGACAACGCCCCCACUUUCAGAGAGGUGCAAAAAGAAUUGAGAGUGAGCGAGAUGACUGCUCCAGGGGCGCGAUUUCCCCUCCGAGAAGCACAAGAUACAGAUUCUGGCCGGAAUUCGCUGCAGAGAUACGAGCUGAGUGGUGACGAGCACUUCUCGCUGGCCGUGCAGGCGGGCCCCGGUGGCGAUCAGCGUCCCGAGCUGGUGCUGGCCAAGGCGCUGGACCGGGAGGAGGCGGCGUUUCACGAGCUGGUGCUGAGGGCGAGUGACGGCGGCGAUCCGGCACGGACGGGCACGGCUCGGAUCCGCGUGACGGUGGUGGAUGCGAACGACAACGCGCCCGUGUUCAGCCAGGCGGAGUACACGGUGCGUGUGCCCGAGGACGUGCCCGUGGGCUCCACCCUCGUCACCGUCACGGCCACUGACGCCGAUGAGGGAGUGAACGGGGAGGUGAAAUACAGCUUCCAUAAAAUUUCGGACCGGGCUUCGGAACUUUUCAAUCUGAACACAGAGUCAGGGAAAAUAACCGUUAAAUAUGGUUUGGACUUCGAGGAAAUCUCAUCCCAUGAACUUGAAAUGCAGGCACAUGACGGAGGAGAGCUCUUUGACACGGCAAAAGUUACUGUCAUAGUGACAGACGUCAAUGACAAUGCGCCCGAGAUUUCGGUACGAUCAGCACUUACUGAAAUUUCCGAAGACUCUGUGCCGGGGACUGUAGUGGCCCUAUUGUAUGUUCAGGAUCUGGACUCGGGGGCGAACGGCGAGGUGCGCUGCUCGCUCGAAGGGGACGUCCCUUUCCGGCUGCAGAGCUCCCACGGCAGCUACUACAGCGUGGUAACAGCGCGAGAGCUGGACCGAGAACAGGUGUCGGAGUACAACGUGACUGUGCGGGCGGCCGACGGCGGGUCGCCGGCACUGCAGAGCAGCGCGGUGCUUCGGCUGCGGGUGCUGGACGUGAACGACAACGCGCCGGUGUUCGCGGAGGAGCGCUACAGCGCGCGUGUGGCGGAGAACAACGCGGCGGGCGCGCUGGUGCUGACGGUGCGCGCGACGGACGCGGACUGGGGGCAGAACGCGCGCGUGCGGUACCGGCUGGGCGAGGGGCGGGUGCGGGGCGCGCCGCUGUCGUCGUACGUGUCGGUGCAGGCGGAGACGGGCGCGCUGUACGCGCUGCGCUCCUUGGACUACGAGCAGGUGCGCGAGCUGCGGCUGUGGGUGCUGGCGGAGGACGGCGGCGCGCCGGCGCUGAGCAGCAACGUGUCGGUGCUGGUGCAGAUCGUGGACGAGAACGACAACGCGCCGCAGGUGCUGUACCCGGCGCCGGCGGCUGCGCUGGGCUCGGGCUCGGGCGGGGCGUGGUCGGGCGUGGAGCUGGCGCCGCGCUGGUCGGAGCCGGGCGCGCUGGUGGCCAAGGUGGUGGCGGUGGACGCGGACGCGGGCCAGAACGCGUGGCUGUCGUACGAGCUGGCCAAGGCGACGGAGCCGGGGCUGUUCCGCGUGGGGCUGCACAGCGGCGAGGUGCGCACGGCGCGCUCGCCGCUGGCCCGCGACGCGGCGCGGCAGAGCCUGGUGGUGGUGGUGAAGGACCACGGGCGGCCGGCGCUGUCGGCCACGGCCACGCUGAGCGUCGUGCUGGCCGAGAGCGUGGCCGAGCUGCUGGCCGAGCUGGGCAGCGCGGCCGACGAGGCGGCGGCGCCGGGCGAGCCGGGUGGGAGCCUGACGCGCUGGCUCGUGCUGGCCGUGGCCGCCGUGUCCUGCCUCUUCCUCGCCUUCCUGCUGCUGCUGCUGGCGCUGCGCCUGCGCCGCUGGCACCGCCAGCAGCUGCUGCCGCCCGCCAGCGGCGCCUUGCGCGGCGUGCCCGUGUCGCACUUCGCGGGCAUCGACGGCGUGCGCGCCUUCCUGCAGUCCUACUCGCACGACGUGUCGCUCACGGCCGACUCGCGCAAGAGCCAGCUGCGCUUCUCGGCCAGCGCCAGCUGCUGCGACACCCUCCCGGCCCGGCCACUGCCCGACGAGCCCGCGCCGCUGCUCGGCGACGAGGACCCUGCCGGCGCCAUCCCCGUGGAUCACACCACUCCCUCGGUGAAAAAAGAGAGACUGUCAUAG